AUGAAUGGUCAUUUUGAAGUUGUUGAAUAUUUAGUUUCAAUUCGUGUCAAUCUUAAUGACAGAAACAAUGAUGGAAAAACAGCACUUGAUUAUGCAAAAGAAAAACAACACGAAAAUGAUAACUACAGAAAGAUUGUCAAUCUUCUAAUUCGAUCAGGUGCACAAUAA